UAUUCACAGCCAUUUUUAAGCUUAAAAGCAACCUCCCUAAUCAAGAAAAAAUGGCAGCCAAUGGCAUGGAAUCACUGGUGCCAGAACCCGGUAUGAACCCAGAAAUGCUAAAUAAGGGAAUGGUUGAGGCAUUAUACAAGGCAUUAGCAAAAGGUCAUAUUGAAACUGUGGCUAAACUCCUAGCAAGUGAUUUAGAGUGGUGGUUUCAUGGACCUCCACAAUGUCAGCACAUGAUGAGGGUGCUAACCGGUGAGGCGAGCCCCGACGAGUUCAGGUUCGAGCCGAGAAGCAUAGAAGUAGUAGGUGAUUGUGUGAUUGUGGAAGGUUGGGAAGGUGCAAAAGUGUAUUGGGUGCAUGUAUGGACCUUAAAAGAUGGUCUAAUAACUCAAUUUAGAGAGUAUUUUAAUACAUGGCUCACUGUGAAGGACAUCAAGCCACAUAGUUUGGAAAUUGGGCACCAAACCCACACCUUGUGGCAGAGCCAGCCUAGAGAUCUGUUCAACAGAUCACUGCCUGGCCUUCUUCUGGCUAUUUAGAGUGUCUGAUGGGGAUGUGUGUAAGCUUGAAAUGGCUCUACCCUGUUUAAACUCUAAUGAAAAAUGCAACAUUUUAUAGUUUUAUCUUUUAUUUUUAGUUCAGAGUGUUAGAGACUAAGAAUUCAAAUAUUGUUGGACUCUCAUUUACAUAUUUCUAAUCUACCAAGAAAGAGUUAGCUGCUUAAGCAAAUU